GCCCGCAUCCCUGCCUGCCCAGCGCGCCGCCGCUCUCCGGGAGUUUCGGGGCACUAGGGUCCCCCUGUCUGGUCCUGCAUCACCUUCUCCCGACCAGAGCACUCGCCAUGACCCAGGUUCUCAAAGGCACCGUGACUGACUUCCUGGGAUUUGAUGAGCGGGCUGAUGCAGAAGCUCUGCGGAAGGCCAUGAAAGGCCUGGGCACGGAUGAGGAGAGCAUCCUGACUCUGCUGACAUCCCGAAGUAAUGCUCAGCGCCAGGAAAUUGCUGUGGCUUUUAAAACUCUGUUUGGCAGGGACCUUCUGGACGACCUGAAAUCAGAAUUGACUGGAAAAUUUGAGAAAUUAAUCGUGGCUCUGAUGAAACCCUCUCGGCUUUAUGAUGCCUAUGAACUGAAGCACGCUCUUAAGGGAGCUGGGACAAAUGAAAAAGUACUGACAGAAAUCAUUGCUUCAAGAACACCUGCAGAACUGAGAGCCAUAAAACAAGUUUAUGAAGAAGAAUAUGGCUCAAACCUGGAAGAUGACGUGGUGGGGGAUACUUCAGGGUUCUACCAGAGGAUGUUGGUGGUGCUCCUUCAGGCUAACAGAGACCCUGAUGGUAGAAUUGAUGAAGCGCAGGUCGAACAAGAUGCUCAGGCUUUGUUUCGGGCUGGAGAACUUAAAUGGGGGACAGAUGAAGAAAAGUUCAUCACUAUCUUUGGAACACGUAGUGUGUCUCAUUUGAGAAGGGUGUUUGACAAAUACAUGACUAUAUCAGGAUUUCAAAUUGAAGAAACCAUUGACCGAGAGACUUCUGGUAAUUUGGAGCAACUACUCCUUGCUGUCGUGAAAUCUAUUCGAAGUAUACCUGCCUACCUUGCAGAAACCCUCUACUAUGCUAUGAAGGGAGCUGGGACAGAUGAUCAUACCGUCAUCAGAAUUGUGGUCUCCAGGAGUGAGAUCGACCUGUUUAACAUUAGGAAGGAGUUUAGGAAGAAUUUUGCCACCUCUCUUUAUUCCAUGAUUAAGAGUGACACAUCUGGGGACUAUAAGAAAGCGCUCCUGCUGCUCUGUGGAGGAGAAGAUGACUGAUGUACCUACCGCCUGGAGAGGGAUCCCUGCACUUGCCUGCCACCACCGCCACUGCCCUCCUUCAGCAGAUCUCGCUACACUUUUUGUAUGCCAGUGCUUGACACGUUGCCUUAUUCAUACUAGCAUGCUAAUGACCAAAACGUAUGUGUUACAGAAGAAAAGAGCAGUGCUUCUUUCUGAUUUUCAAUUAAGAUCUUUCUCUUUGACUGUUGUAGUACUGAAGUGUACUUACGUUAGUAAGACUAAAGUCUGGUCAUUUAUAUUUUCUUUUAAGAGGUCAGACUGCUUUUAGCCUUUUUAAAAAACUUCGUUUAUAUUAAAUUGAUAACCGUAUUACCUUAAUCGGAACCUUAGCCUUAAAAUUGUGAACUGGAAGUGUUACAAAUCAAGUUUGCUACUAAAUUAAACCUGAAAAAUUAUGGUGGUUGCAUUCAAAAGAUUAAUGAAGAAUAAACAUUUCCUUCCCCCUAAA